UAACCAAUACAAGGGUAAUAUAGUAAAAACACCCACACACAAAAAAAAAAAAAAACUCCAUCAAAACAGGCAAAGAAGAGUCUCACUCACACACAAAAUCAACCUAAAAGCCGGCCAAAAAAAUGAUCCUCAUUAAUCAGUCCGAUGACCGAUUAACCGGUAAAUCCAGGUAUUCUAACCCUACCAAACCUCCUUUCUCUCUCCUUCCACGUGUCCUUCCUCGGUUUCUCUUCCCUUGACGGACGGAACUUUCUUUACCGUCACACCCCUAAAACAUCAUAACAAACCCUUCUUUCUCUCUCUCUCUUUCUCUCUCCUCAAAAUCCCCAAAAAAAACCCUAAUUUUCUCUCUCCUAACCUCGCAUCUCAUCGUUUCAGAUCCAUGGAUGAAGAUGAAGAAAUCCGAUCACCUUCAUCACCACCACCUGAAUCUCCACCACCUGCUCCAAUCACAGUAACCGUCGCAGCAGCUCCUCCAUCAUCAACGCAGUCGCCAUUAACGCCGCAAACUCCGAGCUCUUUAACAUUAGCUCUCCCGAUCCAGCAGUUUCCUCGUCCUCUCGCUAUCACAUACGGCGGAAUUACCGGCGCAAUAAACGGUGGAAGUAGCGGCGGAAGUGGAGGUGGAGGAGGAGGAAGAGAGGAUUGUUGGAGUGAAGGUGCGACGUCGGUGUUGAUUGAUGCUUGGGGAGAAAGAUAUAUGGAGUUAAGCAGAGGAAAUUUGAAGCAGAAGCAUUGGAAAGAAGUUGCUGAUAUUGUUAGUAGUCGUGAAGAUUACGGAAAAGCGCCGAAAACUGAUAUACAGUGUAAGAAUAGGAUUGAUACUGUUAAGAAGAAGUAUAAGAUUGAGAAGGCGAAGAUUAGUAGUGGAUGUGGUCCGAGUCGUUGGGCGUUUUUUGAAAGGUUGGAUAGGUUGAUUGGUGGUUGUUCUGGCUCAACCCCAAGCCCGAACCCUGGUGUAAUAAAGGGUUCGGGGUUAAGUGGUGUGACAGUAACACCAGCUACUGCCACUGUUUCAACUGGUGGACCGGUUUCGAAAGCUGUACCAGUUGGAAUUCCUGUAGUUAGGAAUUGGAGACCUCCGAGUAUUGAUCCCAAAAAGUAUAUGGAGUUUUGGCAACGAGAGCAACAAAGGGUUGGACAAAGGCAGGUUUAUGGUCCUGGUUGGACUGCCCGUCCUAAUCAUAUGGUUUCGCAACCGAUGAGUAAUCAAACUAGUAAUGGUAAUGGUAAUGGUAAUGGUAAUAGUAAUAGUAAUGCUGCUUCUACUCCUGCUUGUAAUUACAACAGUUACAUGAGCAUACAAGAACAGGCAAGGUUGAUGGCAGGUGGUAGACUUCGGCCUCUGUCUCAUCUUCCGCCUCAGCCUCAGCCUCGGCCUCAGUCUCAGCCUCAACCUCCGGUUUCAGUGGAUACUGAUUCUGAUCAGGAGGCAUGGUCGAAUGAUUCUGCGGAUAGUUUGCCGCCAGAGAGGCCGGGGUUUGAGAGGAGGAAGCGGCCGAGGAUGGAUGUUGACAAUAGGGGAGGAGAAAGGGGGAAUGUGAAGGGAAAGGGGAAGGGGAGUGAGAAUGGGAAUGGGAGAGAAAAGAAAGCGGCUGUGAGGGUGUGGGGGAAUUCGGUGAGGGAGUUGACGAGGGCGAUUUUGAAGUUUGGGGAGGCGUAUGAGACGGCAGAAAGCACGAAAUUGCAGCAUGUUGUAGAGAUGGAGAUGCAGAGGAUGAAGUUUGCUAAGGAGUUGGAGUUGCAAAGGAUGAAGUUUAUGAUGAAAACUCAGCUGGAGAUUUCGCAAUUGAAUGGUAAUGGGAGUAAUAAUAGUGAUAGUAGAGGUGGUGGAAGUGGUGGUAUUGGAGGUGGAGAAAAUAAUCGUAAUAAUAAUAAUCGUCAUCAUCUUCAUGGGAAUCAUCUUAAUCAUGCUAACAGUGAUAGUAGUAAUUAGUUGUAGUAGUACAAGUCUGGAAGAAGAAGAGGAAUAUAUUAGAUCAUGUCUUUUUUAUCCAUCCCCCUAUUUUAGUAGUUUGUUGAUGACUAUUGAUGAGGCUAUGAACCAAAGAUGAUGAAAACUUGAGUCUGUUUUUGGCAGGGAAAGAUUUGUAAGCUCUGAUUGUUAUAAUCAUUUAAUUGUGGAAAAAAUUAAAAGGUUCAAACUGUUUUGUAA